CGUCAAUCCAUCCAUCCAUCCACGCGCACACAUUCGUUCGCACAAUUUCGACACACAAGGAUGGCUGUCAGGGCUGGCAGGAAGAUGCGCCGGAAGUGAAGUAAGGGCCACAAAUGCAUGAGUGAGGUCAGCAGCACUCACACACACACGUAUAGUGACCACACCGCCAGGCAAUCGAUGCAUUCUUCGUGCCAAGCAUGAGCAGACAGUCCAACCCAUCUCAUCUCAUCUCACACACAUCGAUGGAUUUAUCCACUCACAGAGCCGACUGUACAAUCCCCCCCCCCCCCCCCCCGCCCCUCCACCGCCACACGUGCAGGUCAGAACAGCAGAGUAGUGUGGUGAGUGUAUCGUGUGUGUCUACUCCUCCUCUCCUACCUUGGCCGCUCCCUCUGUCUCGCCGUACCCGUCUCCGUCUCCCUCUCCCUCCCCCUCUCCCCCCUCUACCUUGGCUCUCUGUCUGGCCUGGCUGGGUCGCAGCACUAUCGUUCCGUCAGUCCUCUCUGUCACACGACACCUCUUCUUAGCCCCCUUCCUCACCAUUCCAACCACCGACUUAGGCCUGCCGCCGUACGUGUACUCGAGGGACAGCACGACACUGUCGAGUGUCGGGACGGCUGAAAACGCCUCAACCACACACUCAGCGAAGGAGCCGCAGCACGUGCGCAGCUCGCGGGCGCUGAGGCGAUGAAGCUUGAUGCACACCUCGAGUGAUGAAACACGGCCACUGUCCAUGACCUCCCUGACUGCCUCGCUCUCCCCGUCCCCGUACAUUUCCCAACCGAUAGAGAUGUCAGUGCGUACCUGAUCGUCUAAGUCAUAGUUGUAGCGCCAUCGAUUGCAUGUGAUGUCAUACUUCAGCUGUACUGCUAACUCCUUGCCUUCGCCUGACACGGACUCGAGGCCAUCAGGCAGCAGUGUGCAUGUGGCCUCAGGGUCCGCGCAGACAGACAACUCAUAACGCACCUUCUCUAGGUAGGGGGAGAGGGCAUGCAGCACAUAGCCCGCCCCACGCCCAGACGCACCCACGCCCACUGGCAGCGCCCCCUCCCUCACCACAGUAGAUGACACACUCGGAAACAGCGAUGUGGGGUCGUCCGUGAUGUAUGAGGGCAGCAGGCCGGUGCCAGGGUAAUGCACGACGGUGAGUUCGUGGACAAGCUCAAACACCAUCGAGUCCAGCCCGGGGGCCUCUUUGAUGGUGUCGCCGGGCGCACGACUGUAGAGGGUCACCUUCUCGGCCUGCUGGCAGCACACCUCCACCGUCGAGGGGGAGUCGGUGAGGGCCUUCUGGUCGCCUCUGAAGGGCAGGUGGACGAUGGGACCGCCCUGCAGCUCGCCCUCCUCGAUGCGGCCGAAGUAGUCCUCGCGCGCGUCAGGGGCAAGGCACUUGGUGCGAAAACGAUGCAGAUUCUGUGCAGACGAACACGCAGACGGAAGGGCUGAUGGGAUGGCGAUGGAUGCAGAAAGUGUCUGUGUUCUUCCUUUACCUGUAUGUCGUGUGUGUCAUGGAUCGUCCCGAUGGCCAUCUCGAUCUCCUCCAGGGGGCCUGCCCCAUCGCUCGUCGAGCCCACCAGAUUGACGAAGCCGCUGCAGUCGGAGAACUCGACGCGGCCGGUCAGCGAAGUGAGGCUCUUGGCUGAUUUGCGCACACACAGAGGGCACAAUGGGGAAGGCGUGAGGCCGGAAAUCAGAGCUGGUUUCUUCACCUGAUUCUGUAUUGUUGAGGACGUCUCUCACUUGGUCGAGACUCACAGCAUUGCCACAACUCGGAUCACCCUGCAGACAGAGAAUGAAUGCAUGAAGACAAGUCGUCCCCUCUUUCUUUUUACAGACCUUUUCACAGAUGAUGUGCAGCGAGUUGAUGCCCCCCUGAGCCUCCCGGAUCCACGAGCGCGGCGCAGUCAUGGUGAUGUCCACCACACUGAGGCCCUGCAGUGACGGCAUCUGGUACAGCCGGUCCUCCGCCAGCUUGGCCCACACCUUGUUCACGCUGGCCGACUCCACACGCUCAAACACGACAGCCUUCUGCACGGAGACAAGAAAGAAAGUGAUGAAUGCCAACAAGCAGUUGUAUUUUGUCAGCCAGCUCCCCUCCCUGACCUACCUUGUUCCGUGGCAGGUCGAGUUUUGUCAUCUUUUCCAUGUCGCGACGCACGGACCAGUCCAGCUCCCACUGUGGCUUACGCCGGCCGUUCUUGUAGGUGGUGGCGCACUCGAGGGGGCAGUGCAGGUCAACACACUCGACAGUUGCCGACAGGCGCUCCAGCAAACACACCAGCGACGCGGUGGGAGGGUGGUAGAUGCGCACGUCAACACACUCAGACAACGGACCUGACCACAACGCCAUAAACGACAAACCACACAUGGCUGCACGUACAUGGAGUUUUGUUUGCCCUCUUGCUCCCGCCCUCCUCACCGGCCGUCCAUUUCUUAGCGAUUUUCAUCUUGGGUGAGUCCUCCAGCUCGACGAUGGGGUGCAUGCCGGCCUGCUGGGUGAGGUGGUGGAAGAAGCUGUUGACGCUCGCCAGCGACUCCAGACACGACACGAAGCCCAGCAUGGCGCCCAUCCCCACACCGUCGGCCAUCCACAGGGCCUCAGGCAGAUCUUCAAGCUGCGACUUGGUCUGAGAAAGAGAGCGCGAAGUGGCGAGUUCUCGCUCUGUGUUUCCUGUAUUGUGUUGUGUUGUGUUGUGUUUGUGCUGUGCUGUGCUGUGGUGUGUUGUGUUGACCUGCUCGGUGUCGUCUUGGUCCAUUUCGUUGAGUUUGUGUCGGAUGGCGUCGAGUUUGCGAGUGUUCUCCUUCAUCUGCUUGGUAGCGACCUUGUCUACGUGGCUGAUUUGCGUGUUGGCGUCGGCACACACCAUGCUCGACCACACGCGAAUCUGACGAUCAACUUCCUGAACAACACCACACACAUACAAGGAGAGGCUGUGUCUGUUGAUGUCGUUUGGUGUGUGUAUGGUAUUGGCCCUGACCGACUCACUUACCUGCAUGCGGUGUUGCUGUUCGAGCGAUUCGGGGUCCUGGGCGGCCUUUCUCAACUCAUACACCUCACGAGCCUGCAUGAUGGCAUUCAAUACACACACGCCAACGCGCUGCCUCCCCCCUUUUGCUAGCCUUCCUGCCCCACGAAGAAAAGUACCUGCUUCUCGGCCUGUUUGGCCUGCUUGAGUUGCGCCUCCAGCUUCGCCGUCAUCUUCUUGAGAGCCUUCAGCGCAUCAGCAGGACCAACCUCAACCACAUCCUGCACACACAGCAACGAAGCCAAACCACACAACACACGGAAAUGCAUCCAUUUCGACACCCCGUCUGCAUCCCUCACUGCCCACCUCGAUAUCCUCAUCGCCGUCCGACACCUCCAUCUUAUCUCUCCCGCCGCCCUUCUUAUCGCCCUUACCCUUCUCAUCCCCCCGCUGCCUCUUCUUGCCGGCCUUCCUGCGCCGCCCUCCCUUGCCAUAUGCGGAGUCCUCCUCGUCACUACUGCUGGUGUCAACGUCCAUGAUGGGUCUCCGCUUCUGCCCGCCGGACGCCUUGAGCAAGGCCAGCUGGCGGGCCGUCAUGCGAUGGUCCUCCGCACCCUCACCUGCAUCCUCCAUGGUGAGAGGGAAAGAGAGGAUGGCAGAUCUACCUUGCGCUCUUCUGGCCGUCACCUCGCCAAAGUGCGGCGAGAAUCUCCAGUGAGACGAGACGGAAACCCCGCAAACCCUAACUAAUGAAAUGGAUCCACAUUUCGCAAUUCCCGUCCGCUCUGUUGCCUUCUUUCAGCCGCGCCUCCCCCAUCUCUGUUUCGUUGGACUGCUUGUUGGCUUAUGCGCUUACCUAUUCUUCUUCAACCCGUCCCUCUUUGUCCAAGUCUUACCCGCUUCUCGAGGCCUUCUUCCCGUGAUCCUGGCGAGUUCACCGCGGGUAUUUAUGUUUCAUGGAUGCACACGUGGUACCAGGGUCCCAUUUAAUGUCAUCAGUUCCCGCUUCUGUAUGCAUCUAUCAGAGACCUGCACACCGAGCCAGCGGCCGCCGACUUGGCCGACGUGGAGGAGGCGGCGCCGUCAACCAGGGGCCAGCACUCGCAUUCAAUGCGGCUCCGCGGUUCGUAUCGGCUGGGGGACCUCACUGCGGAGCUGACGGCAGGAUACCGAUAAUGAUACCGACAAUGGCAGGGUGGCAGGGUAGCAGGGAGGGAGGGAGGGCUGGCUUGUAUUCAUGAUGACUGUCUUGUGAUGGAUGGAUGGAUGGACAGGAAGAGGGGCUGAUAGAUACGGGGAGCGUGGCAACGAGGGCAAAGGCAGGGUAUGGGUGCGACUGGCAUCCUGUCGUGCCCGUAGGCAAUCGUUGCCUACAUUUUAUAUCCAUGGACGUAUUUGCUGAGCCGCCGCCGCAACACCAGGAGGGGAAAGGAAUGACGGCAUCUGUAUCGUGGCGCUGCUCGGCCGCAACCCGACCAAGACGUUCAGGUGAGUCAGUCAGUCACCCAGUCAGUCAUCACACGCACCAGCCACCUUCUCUGUCUAUGUCUCUGGUUGGUUGGUGUCAAUGUGUUGUUGGCUGCCCGCUGCAGGAAGGGCCUCCGACAAGACGGCUGCGGCUGGACAAGGAGGCCGCCAAGAGGUUCACUACACAUCACCUCCCCGAAUGAGGUAAGGAAGGCGACACACACACAUAACGUAUGUGUGUGUGUAUGCCUUGGUCAAUCCACAUAAAUUAUCUCUCUGACGUGGAUGCACACCAGGAGGGUCGGCAUUCAAUGUCAUCAGUUCCUGUUUCUGUAUGCAUCGCAUCUAUCAGAGACCUGCGCACCGAGCCAGCGGCCGCCGACUCGGCCGAGAGAGUGUUCUUAGGGAGCUGGUGGAGGCGGCCAAGAGGCAUCUCUUCGACUACAACGACGCUGAGCGCGAGAAGAUUUGGCGGCUGCGGGGAGCCAUGAGCAACAUACAGACAAACGAAAGGCACACAUACAAUGAAGGUAUGGCUGUUCGUGUCUGCUGUGUGUGUAGCGCGAGUUGGACGCCCUACUCGUCAGCCCCAGUGCGAGAGGUGCGGUGUGGUUGGAGAUCGCCCUGGAGAAGGAGCGGGCCAAGACCAUGCUGCUCGAGUAGGUAGCCAUCCAUCCAUACAUCCACCCAUACAAACUUACAAGCUUACAAACUUACAAACAUGCACACAACGCGUGUUCGUUUUUGCAGGUUCCAGCUCUCCGCCUUCCAAGAGUGCCUGUAGCGCCGCAAAGGAGCCAUGUUAGCCCUGUCAGUGACCCUGCUGCCGCCUGGCAGGUGAGGAGGAAUCCGAAGCGCACACACCCUGCAGGGUCCGGUGCACUCUGC